AUGUGCAAGGUACUGGAGCGCCUUAUCCUGGACCGACUCAUUAAACAUCGCGAAGAAACAACGCGCGACGAGCGAGCUGGCUUUCGUCCUGGCCGAUCUACGAUUGACCAGGUGUUCAUCAUCAUGAGAGUGAUCGAAAUCUGGCAGCGGUAUUCGAAGCCAAUGCAACUAGCGUUUCUGGACUUUGAAGCCGCGCUCGACCCUCCUUACCGAGGCCGUCUUCUCAACGCGCUCCGCGCCGAUGGAGUGCCAGGAAAGUUCGUUCACUUGCUUUAUGACAUGAAUCAACGAACAACUGCUGCAGUUCGAACACCAGCCGGAUGUACAACACCGUUUGAAAUGGUAGCUGGAGUAAGACAAGAGGCGGUGGCAGGACCCUUCCUGUUCAAUUUCGCCAUCGACGACAUUAUGCGAAGAACAGUCGACCAGUGUCCUGCCGACAUUGUCUUAGCACCAUCAGUUUGCCCCUUGACUGACCUCGAGUACGCUGACGACGUUGUUAUAUUCGCGGAAAGCAGCACGAAACUUCAACAUGUUGUCAACCUUGUAUCGAAGCUGGCUGCAGCCUACGGACUACGCCUACGCCCUGAUAAACGCAAGCAGAUAUGGAUCUCUUCGAGACCUCGAACGGGAAUCAGGGUGGACGAACAACCGAUAUAA